UUCUAACUCCUCUUCUUCCUCACUCUUCCAUUAUGCUUAUUAUUUUCUUAACUCUCAAACUUAUCUUUUGCUUACCUUUAUUUAUCUACCUCUCCCUCAACUCCUCCUCCACCACUACCACACUACCUCUUCUCUCUUUCAUAAUAACCUAAUCCUUUCUACACUCUCAUCAUCAUCAUGACUCACCCCUUUUGCUCCAAUCACUUCAAUUCUUGGUUUGACCUCAAUUCUCCAUUCCUUUUCUCUUCUUCUUCUUCUUCUUCUUCUUCAUCACCUUGCUCCAACCCUCCAUUCUAUUUUCCUUCUACUUUUCAUCACAAUCAAUCUUCUUCUCCCCCCAAAGAAGCACUUCCUCUCCUUAACCUUAGCCCUGCAAGGGGUGAAGAUCUUGAAUCUUCCUUCAGUGCCAUGAAAGUCAACAGAGAGAAGGAGAGAGAAGCAAGCAUAUCGUCCAAUAAUAACUCCAACUCCAUGGAUGAUGAAACUGUCACCGUGGCUUUGCACUUAGGGCUUCCAAACACUACUGCUUCUGCUUCUGCUGAUUCAUCUUCAAACACAUACUCACCACACAAAGAAAAAGCUUGUGAGUAUUCUCCCAGUAGAAUUAACAAGGGCCAAUAUUGGAUCCCUACCCCUGCUCAAAUUCUCAUCGGUCCAACACAGUUCUCCUGCCCCCUUUGUUUCAAGACUUUCAACAGAUACAACAACAUGCAGAUGCAUAUGUGGGGGCAUGGAUCUCAAUAUAGAAAGGGGCCAGAGUCUCUGAGAGGAACUCAACCAACAGCAAUGCUUAGACUUCCUUGCUAUUGUUGUGCACCUGAAUGCAAGAACAACAUUGAUCAUCCAAGAGCAAAGCCACUCAAAGAUUUUAGGACCCUCCAAACUCAUUACAAGAGAAAGCAUGGAAUCAAGCCCUUCAUGUGCAGAAAAUGCUGCAAAGCUUUUGCUGUUAGGGGUGAUUGGAGGACCCAUGAGAAGAACUGUGGCAAGUUAUGGUAUUGCUCUUGUGGCUCUGAUUUCAAGCACAAACGCUCUCUCAAAGAUCAUAUCAAGGCUUUUGGGAAUGGACAUAAAGCUUUUGGAAUCGAUUGUUUUGACCAGGACGAUGAAGCUGCCUCUGAAAUUGAGCAUGAAAAUGUCAAUGAAUCUUUACUUUCUAGUCAUAGUUGAUGUGUCACAUUUGAGGAUUCUCAUGUUUUCAAACUGAUAUUAAAUUCUUCACUGUCUCA